CUUUUGUUCUAUGUCACAAUUCUCUCUAUGUAGACUUUACAAAGCGUUCUUGUUUCUUAUAGGAGAGCUUAGCAAAAAUGUCUCAGAGAGCUUUUUCACUUCCUUAUCUAACGUUUGAGAAACGGUAGGGACAAAGCAGUCUCGGUAAAACAUCAUUCGAAGACCUUCACGCAAAACAAAGCCGGAGAGCCGCACGCAUCAAGUUUAUAAAAGUCUCGAUGAUGCUGGCUAGCCCCGGUUAUCCUGCUUGGAGAUUGCAAUCUACUUCGCUCAUCGUCACAUCUCAUCAGCAGUAGCAUCUAUCCCUACCCACCACUAACGCUGCAGGUUCAAACCCAAAUAAAUAAAUCAGAAGAUACAUACAAACAGAAGAAAAAUGACCUCGCAAACCGAACCCGAAACUCAACGCCUUAUUGGAUCGGCUACGCCGAUGUCGACUGCAGGCUCGAAGCGCUCGCUGAGGGUGUUCGUGCCGCCGAAGGACUUUCCUGAUGCGGCGCGGGACCGGGUGUGGGCGGUGUACAAGAAGAAGCCACCACACCUCGACGCGGCGGCGGGGGAGUUAGCGGCGGUGUUCGGGCUUUGCGAGGAGGCGGGAGCAGACCUCCUGUCGCGGCAGCGGGCGUGUAACCUGCUGGCGCACCCGGCGGUGGAGAGGGCGUUCAUUGAAUUUGGGGAGCGGCACCUCGUGGGGCGGAGGUGGGGGUGGGAGGCGCCGACGGGGCAGUGGCAGGCGGCACACGACGCGGUGCACGCGCGCAGCCGCGACGCGGGGUUCGCGGCGACGGUGCUGCCGGCGCGGCUCGCAGCGGAGGCGGCGGCCUGGGACGUGGACACGCAGUAUGCGCGGUUCGUGUUGCGGUGCUACGCUGAGCUCGGCGGUAGCGGGGCGGCGGAGGUUGGCGCGGGCGAGAAGCGGCGCGGCGGGGAGCUCGCAUACUGGGUCCGGGACGCGACACUGUGCGACGCGGCGUGGGUGCUAUUCCACACGCUGUUGUACCUCCAGCUCGAGGCGAUGCGCGACUCCCGCCGGCACGCGCCAACACGGGACCGCGUCGGCCGCGUUGUCGCCAAGUGGUGGGCGCGCGUGUGAGAGGAGUCUACUUGGAUACUUUACGCUCCGGCUCGCUGCCUACCUGCUGGACCGACCUCGUUAGUUGAGGUUAGCCUCGGCCACGGGCUCUCGGUUGAUAGAUAGGAGCUGAGGUUGGUAUAUAAUACCC